AUGGAUUUUGAUACAGUCCACAGGCACAAUCUUGGCCAGUAUUCUAACCCUUACAAUGAAAAUCCAUACACACACCAAUUAGAUGAUCAUAAGGGUUUUUCUGCUUUAUCUCAUCAAGUUCAACUUCACAAUCUUGAUCAUCAUGAUAACCCCUUGAUUGACAGCUCAUCAUGGAUCGACAAUAACUCGACUUUUCACUACUCGUCUUUUUGCGACCCUUUUGAUCCAUUUCAAGCGUGUUUUAACGUCAAUGAAGAUCGCUCGAGAGGUCCUCUUGUAAUGAUGGAUCCGUAUCAAAUGGAAGAGCGUUUGGAUUAUUCGGAAAAAAUUAUUAGCUACUCAAAUAGUCGAUUUUUGGACAAGGGUUUGAUUGUGGAUGAAGAUGAUCAUGAGAAUCGGAACACGAAAGAUAACAAGCAAAAGGGGAAGAGGAAAAGAGUUAUCGAUAAAAAGUCCGAAAUCAUUAAAGGCCAAUGGACUCCAGAAGAAGAUGGGUUGCUGGUGGAGUUGGUGGAGAAAAAUGGAAUAAGAAAGUGGUCUUCAAUUGCUCAAAUGCUUCCUGGGAGGAUUGGGAAGCAAUGUAGGGAAAGAUGGCACAACCAUUUAAAGCCUAACAUUAAGAAAGACCGAUGGUCAGAGGAAGAAGACAAGAUCCUGAUCGAGGCCCACCGCCAGCUGGGCAACAGGUGGGCCGAGAUUGCCCGAAGCUUGCCUGGAAGGAGCGAGAACACCAUCAAAAACCAUUGGAACGCUACAAAGAGAAGGCAGCUCUCGGCCCGCAAAAACAACGCGUCCAAUAAUAGUACGAAGCCCAAUAGCAGCAGCCCAUUACAGAACUACAUCAAGAGCUUGAUAAGCUCUUCACAGAAAGGGGGCGAGGGCAAUACGGACAAUUCAUCGUCUGGAUCAGCCUCAUUAUCUCCGUUAAAAAUGAAAUUAAAGAAGGAAAAUAAUGGUGUUGAUGAGAAGGUUAAUGUUGUUGUUAAUGGCGCUGAAGGUGAAGAUGAGGAGAAUUUGAAUAUGAUGAGUAAUUGCGGAUUGGUGGAGGCUCAGAUGCAUAUGCAGUUCGAUUUGCAGAAGGAGAUGGAUUUUAUGGAGAUGCUCUCAUGUGGAUAUAUUUGA